UCACAAUCACAAUGAACAGCCUGAAUGGAUUCCAUCUUCUCACUCCGCCCAGUACUCCUGUGGCAUGUGAUAGAUAUACAUUUCCAGGACACUAAAUGUACUCCAACAUAGUCGAUAUGUAAAUGUUUAUAUGUGUUAAAUACUAUCGUGUUGGGUGACGACAGGGAACAUUACCUAAACGCGAGACAAACGUAUUCGUCUGAAGUCACUGUUGCAAGCAGCUGGAGAAGCGCAAGAACAUGCGUCCAAAAAUGUUAAGGCUCCUGAGGAAUCACCCUUUCCUAGCUUUGGCGACCCUCCUGGGCGGGCUCUGCUGUUACCUCGUCCUGGUCGAAGACGUAUUCCUUCUGGAACGCCCUCUCUAUAAACUGAACACAACUUUCAUUAGCGAUAUCCACAGUACACCAGUUUUUGAAAGUGGUUAUAUUGCAAAAACAGGUGGUCUUGUCAAUAGAUUGAAACAAAGCAUUACAAAUUAUAUCCUUCCAGAAACACCUACUGCUCCGGAUUGUCUGGAAACCAAUAUAUGCAAAGAUCCAGCAAAUAAAACAGAUAUAUACUUUUACAAACGCACAGAUUUCGAUGAACUUGUGGAAAAGCCUUUUGAUGUUAACGCCUCAAUAAGCCAUGCAGUGCCAGUCGUGCCAAGAAUAGUCCACUUCUGUCUGUUUUCAAAUGGUACUACCUUUUUUCGUUUCCAUUACAUGAUAGCAAUCCUUGCCGCGUCUCGUAUCGCGAAGCCAGAGAAGAUUUACUUCUGGCAUGACAACCUCCCGGUUGGUGAAUACUGGGAAGAGACGAGACAGAAGGUGAAGAAUCUGUACCUGGUCCACAGAGACAGGCCCACCAAGAUCAGAGGAAAUGACGUCAGAGUCAUAGAACACGUCGCUGACAUUGUGAGACUCGAAGCACUGUUGGAAUAUGGAGGGAUGUAUUUCGACACAGAUUCUAUAGUCGUCAACCCAAUUGACCCUCUCUUAGUCCAUGACGUCACAAUGGGCCAUGCUGUACCACGUGUUUUGGCAAAUGGAAUAAUGUUCUCUAAACCAUGGUCAGACUUCCAAAAGGUAUGGCACCACGAGUACAAGACAUUCAAAGACAAAGAAUGGGGCUCCCACUCUGUGAUCAAACCGUAUCAGCUGUCCCAAAAAUACCCAAACUUGAUUCACAUUGAACCAGCAUCACUCUGUAGGCCAAACUGGAGGGAACUAGCGUACCUCUUUGGUAGCAAGAAAUGGAACUGGCAGCAAAAUAACUUUGUGGUUCAUCUGUACAUGAGAUUUGGUCCAAAGGGGAAACGAGAAAGGAACCGAGAAAAUAUAAAGAUGUGGAACACAACGGCGGGGAGUAUUAUGAGGUACAUAUACUAUGGGGAUGCUGAGUUAAUAAACGAUGAGGACAAAAAGAGUUGAAACAAACAGAUGUCCUGAAUUGGUUUGAUCCUGACUGAUGCUGAUGUUGAUAUAGAUGGUGUCAAUCUAAUAUUAUCUGUCUGUCUGUCUGUCUGUCUACAGUAAACUACGGUUAUAACGAACACGCUUAUAACGAACUGACGGAUAUAACGAACUUACUUUUUUUGUCCCGACUAUUUCCUGUAGUUAUGUUGUAUAUUUUCUUAUAACGAACUACGGUUAUCACGAACUAAAUUAGCAGUCCCUUUAAGUUCGUUAUAACCGUAGUUUACUGUAUAUAUAAACAGUUAUUUGCAUCAUAUGUCGCAUAUAGUACAAUGCUGUAUUUAUUCCCGUCAUUAUUAUCAUACUCCAUAAAAGGCAUUCACCGCAUUGCUAAAUAUUAUGGAAACUCACAGAGACAGUGCUGUGUUAAUCUGCACGUCCAUAGAUGUCACUGGGUAUGGCGUGUUGUUGAUGAUCGCCAUUGUUUAGUUGUCGGUCGUUUAUUAGUAUAAUAUAACGUAUAAAAGAAUAACAAACGAA